AUGGAUGCCACGCGUGAAAGUCCUAGUUUGGAUCGACGAAAAAAUGAAAUAAACGAUGUGGAAUUUUCCAGCGAGCCACACAAAAACUCCUCCACAAUUUCUCCCGUGCAUGUGAUUUCAAACUUAGAUAAUAUCUCUUUGGACGAUGUGCGUGAUUCCAUAGAAAAGGAAGCGGAAGAAUACGAGCAGAUGGAUUCAAUAGCGUUGGACAAUUCGCAGCAUAGCGAACAUGAUUCGGCAUUGUCAGGACCAUUGGAGAGUGGGGCGGAUAACCUUCUCGGUCAUUCACCGUCGAUAAGAAAUGAUCAGCUGGAUGAGAUUAGCAUUUCUCACGAUGGUGCUCGAGAAACCGAGUCGGUAACGCGUGUUUUACAACCUCAUGGUGAUUCCACAUCGGAAAACACACUAAAUGGAGAAGAUUCAACACUGGUCUCGUCUUCAGCUCAUACAACAGCGCUCUCCGUACCGAACUCUUUAGAAAAUAAUAUAUUUAUGUCCACCGACGAUUCAUCCAGACUCGAGGUACUUGGGCUUCAACCUGUUCCUGAAGGAGGUAUACUACAGGCAGAGUCUAUCGCUUCAUUACCAAGGAUAAUGUCUAAAACUACGAUAAUUCAUAGUAGUGACGAGUCACCGCAAGAAACAUUUGAACGACUUAUUCUUGGGAUUAAGGACGGGUCUAUGGAGAAGAGUGAGAUUGUGGACCAAUUGUUUAAUACUCUUGUUGGUGGCCAGUUCGAUCUCGAAACGAGAUAUAUAAUCGAGGACUGUAGUAAUAUUGAGCGGAUGCUCACUUUAUUAACCCACUCGGAUGAAACGCUACAGGCUGAAAUAUGGAGUGUUUUCCUUGCAGUUGUUCGUAAGAGCAAACGGAAUUUAGAAGCAUGUUCGAGAAUUUCACUUAUAUCAAAAGUGCUCGACCUUCUGCCCGAAGCGCAAGAUAUGCUUUCUGACUUGCUUGUGCAGCUACUUGGUGUCCUUACGAACUACUCAAUCACUGUGAAGGAAACCAAACAAUUUCUGCGAUCGUUGCAAGCUGUUAAUAAUGCAUGGCCUAGAAAUUCUCUCAGAUUAUUACAAGUUAUGAAGCAAAUGCCGGUACGAGACGAUGCUAACGUCUUUUUCUCUUUUCCUGGGAAAUCACAAGCGGGUAUUAUUGUUCCACCAUUUGCGAAGUUUCCAUGUCAGUCUGGUUGGACGUUUUGCACUUGGCUAAGGAUGGAUCCAAUGAGCAGCGUUCUUUUUGAAAAGGAGAAACCUUAUCUUUACUGCUUUCGAAGCAGUAAGGGCCUAGGUUAUUCAUGCUAUUUCAUGGGAAAUGCUCUUGUAGUAACUAUGGAGAAAACAAAAGGGAAGAUAUUGACAAGGUGUACGAAGAAAGAGCUUACACCCCGGAGAUGGCAUCACGUAGCGAUAUCGCAUUCCUAUUCUCGAUGGGGCAGAAGCGAAAUCAGAUUUUAUUUUGACGGAGAGUUAUCGGAAACUGCUGAGAUCAGUUGGGCUGUCUCGACCACUGAACAGUUUGAUCGUUGUUCUAUUGGAGUAUCACCCGAAGGAGAUCCCGACACAGCAUUUUGUGGACAAAUGGGUGCAGUGUAUCUGUUUGCGGAUUCGCUGUCUCUAGAGCAGGCUAACUCCUUGUUUUGUCUGGGACCUGCCUACCAAUCUUAUUUUGUACAUGACUCAGGGAGCAAUUUACCCGAUGGGUACAAGAAGCACUUGUUUGAUGGUCGAUUGAGCAGUGUUCUUGUCAUGGCGUACUGCCCGAAGAACUGUCAUGGUCAAUUGUGUUUGAAUUCUCCAUCGAAGGUACCCUCAGCAUACUUCGUGCAGGUUCCACAUGCAGUUAUGAAAGAGGGUGUUGAAGUCAUUACUACGCAUUCGAUCCAUAAUUCAUUGCAAUCUGUGGGUGGUAUCCAGAUUCUCCUACCUCUUUUCUCUCAACUUGAUCUUCCAUGUGAAGAUGGGACUGCGAUGGAUGGCGACAUGUGUUCUACGCUACUGUCUCUUAUCGCACUCCUCCUAUCCAGCUCACAAACCAUCCAGCAGCAACUAUAUCACAGCAAAGGAUUUCUAAUCAUUGGACACGCUUUGCAGAAGGCUUCGAGUAGACAUAUUACUAUGAAAGUUGCUGAACAAGUCAUAGAUAUGGCCAAAUUUUUGUUGCGGUGUUCAUCAGGUGGUCCUCUGAUCAAGCAGCUCUUCGAAAACAUUAUGUUCAAUCCAAAGUUAUGGAUUAACAGUGAUCCUACGGUACAGGUACAUUUGUACAAUUAUCUGGCCACUGACUUUCUCGGAAACACGAAUUUUCACCACAUCAUUCGACAAGUGGCAACCUUCGGUGAAAUGUGUCAUGCGUUGAAGUUUUAUUAUUGGGUGACUCUUCCAAAGACACCUUCAGCUUAUCAGGUGGAAGAUCGGCCUCAGUCCUUUCCGAACGAAGAUGUGAUUUCGAUUAGGGGCUCUAUACUUGUCUUCCUAAAUCGUCUUAUUCUCCUCAACGGUGGAACGGGUCCAGGUCAAGAUGCGAUUAGGGAACAGGAGAUCCACCAACUAAUGAACUUCGUUGCGACCGUCCACGAAGAUGACAACCUCUAUGACGUGCUCGCCUUGUUGAAUCGCUUGCUCGGAUUCUAUCCGCAGAUAAUGGUCCCAAUUUUCGACAAAGACAAGGCUGUCGGGUUAGUGUUCAAGCUACUAUCUUCGCCAAAUCAGCUCAUUAGAAUUCCCGCAUUGAAGAUGUUUGGCUUCUACCUUCAAAGGUCUACUUUGAAGAGAAAAACAGAAUCUGUAUCUGCUCGUCAUUUAUAUACGUUGAUAACCGAGCGACUUUUAAUACAUGCCGAUUACCUGACGCUGCCGACGUACAUAGUAUUGUUCGAGAUUUUGACAGAGCAAAUGACACCUGAAUUCGCCUACAGUAAGAAUGAAGCGGCGAGUCCAGAUUGGAGGUUUGAAAAUCCUGUGAUGCUGAAAGUUAUUGCAAAUCUCAUCACUCAGUCGACGGAAUCGAACGAACUCAUGCGUGUCAAAAAGGCUUUUCUAUUAGAUAUUAUCAAUAUGUGCCGAGAUGGCAAGGAUAAUAGAAGGACAAUUCUACAAAUGUCUGUGUGGCAGGAGUGGCUUAUCUCCAUUUCCUAUGUGUUUCCAAAGUCGGAAGCAGAGAUGGAAAUCACGGAACUUGUUUACGAAAUGUUCGCUAUUCUUCUUCAUCACGCAAUUCGGUACGAAUAUGGAGGAUGGCGUGUGUGGGUGGACACGCUGGCCAUCGCGCACUCCAAAGUGAGCUGGGAACGAUUCCGAAGGCAACAGCAGAAAGACGUAGCUGCUAGUCCUGCUGCUACUACAAUUACUAAGGAAAGCAUAGCGGAUAAGAAGGACGCAGGAGAUAACAACUCACAAUCCACUACGGAUGAAAUGCCAACGCCAAUCUAUCGAACACCAGAGUUUUGCUGGUCUCCUGUUCAUUUACGGCUCUUAGGAGAUCUUUUGAGUUCGAUUGAAGCAGUUGUUGAUGAAUGGAAAGCGACCGAUUCGCCCUCUAUCGCCGACCACUGUAGCAUGACCGACAACCAGAUUUUUGUCGGAAACACUGUUCAUGUCAUUUCACAACUUGCGGACAGUCUUAUAAUGGCUUGCGGUGGGCUGCUUCCUUUGCUUGCAUCGGCAACAUCGCCGAAUAGUGAGCUAGAAAUCGUCGACGCAUGCCAGCAAGAGCUUCCGAUAGAUUGUGCUGCAGCGUUGCUCUCCAGAUUUGUUCAAUUAGCUGACGUAUUCAUUUUUGCCAGCGGAGUGUCAUUUGCAGAGUUGGAGCAGGAGAAGAACAUGCCCUCCGGAGGAGUACUCCGUCAAGCUCUGCGACUUAUAGCCACUGCUUCCGUUCGCCAUAUCCUUACAGCUCGGGUUGUUCGCCCAGAUAGCACAGGACAUGCAUUUGAACCACAUGCGAAUCCUAAAAAUGAAGCAAUCUACGAGUUUGUCAAGGGAGCUAUAGAAUCAGGAAGGGAAGGAAUUGUGGAUCUGGAUCGUCUUUUACAAGAUGUCGAUCUGCAACGAAUCAAAGGAGUUGUUUACAGAGACAUGGUUGAAGAGAAUCGACAAGCCCAAUUUUUAGCGUUGGCAGUAGUUUAUCUACUAUCAGUGCUGAUGGUUUCACGCUACAGAGAUAUCCUUGAACCACCAGCUAGUCCAAGUCCUUUCUUCAACUCUGCGACUAAUGGAGAAGAGUGCAGUACGCCUGGAUCUUCUACUACCGCGGCGUCGGAUGCUGUGGAAGCGAAGCCUCCAUCACCAGGUGUUACCACUAAUGGUGAAACAGCAACUGAAGAAGAAUGCAAGGAAGGCAUCUCGGCCAUCAUGGUGGCUCCAGAGACAAUGAAAAAAGAUGGGAAAGAGUAUAAGGCUGAAGCAUUAUCCAAAUUAAACGCAGCUACCUCGGGCACUCCUUCGCAGCCCGCGGAACGUAGACAGUAUCUAACGAACAAACUGCAAACCGCUCUGGAGACAACAGCACCGCUAUUGAGAGAGAUCAUGGGAGAUUUCCGAUCAUUUUUCCAGAAGACAUUGCUUGGUACACAUGGCCAGGAGAUCAUGAAUGAUAGCAAAGUUUUGGAAACCUUGAAGAAUCGUCAAGGUUCAGUUAUUGAGCUUGUUAUGCUACUAUGCUCACAGGAAUGGCAAACAUCGCUGCAAAAACAUGCUGGAUUGGCCUUCAUUGAAUUAGUUAACGAAGGUCGAUUGAUGGCACAUGCCACCCGUGACCAUGUACUUCGCGUUUCAAACGAAGCUGAUUUUAUAUUGAAUCGUCUUCGAGCAGAGGAUGUCAGCAAACACGCUCAUUUCGAGAGUGAAACAGCGUUGAACCUGGACGUCCGUCGCGAUGAGGAAUGUCGAUGGGCGCAAGCUAUCCGAAACGGUCGUCGAAGAGAUGGUCGCCUUGCAGCCAAACUGCUUGGAAAUAUGAUGACCGUCCUUCGAAGUCCUAGCGGAGCGUGGAGCUCAGGAGAAGAAGAGCAGCAACUUUUCUGGCGCUUAGACGUUUGGGAAGAUGAUAGUCGUAGACGUCGACGCUUCGUGCCUAACGUUUACGGGUCUAAGCACGAAGAAGCAAGUAUCAUUACAGUCCCGGGUGACGCUCAAGAAAUGAGCGAAGAAGAGAAGUUGAGAAUGUUAGCGAACAGUAUUGCUCCUGGUCGAGGCCAACCUUCUGAACUAGUUGACGAGAGCGAUAUAGACAAAUGGGCUGCUGAGAUUGACCCCACUCCGAGCAGCGAAAUGACCAGCUACAGUACUCCGGCGAAACUGAUCGCACCAGGAGUAGUGGUGCCGGGCACACUAUCGAUCACUGCCACUGAUAUGUUCUUCGACGCAGAUGAGGAGAAUCCACUAUACAAGGCACAAGAUCCGAAGGUACUUCGGUAUUGCGAAUCGCUUCACGGACGAUGGAACCUUCAAGAGAUACGAGCUGUUUUUCUACGACGUCACCUUUUGCAAAAUAUCGCCCUGGAAUUGUUCCUGGCAACAAGAACUGCCAUUAUGUUCGCAUUCCCCGAUCAAGAAACGGUACGGAAUGUUGUGUACCAGUUGCCGAGAGUUGGUGUUGGCGUGAAGUAUGGGUUGCCACAAAGCCGAAAGACCAGUUUGAUGACUCCAAGACAGCUGUUCAAGCAUUCAGACAUGUGUUUAAAAUGGCAGAAGAGAGAAAUAUCAAACUUCGAUUAUCUGAUGUUUUUGAAUACGGUAGCUGGUCGAACGUUCAACGAUCUCAAUCAGUAUCCUGUAUUCCCGUGGAUUCUCACCAAUUAUACUGCUGAAACGCUUGACCUAAAUGUUGCUGCCAACUUUAGGGAUUUGUCCAAGCCCAUUGGCGCAUUGUCGGAGGCCCGCCGCAAGUUCUUCCAAGAACGAUACACAUCAUGGGAAGACGAGACGAUACCAGCAUUCCACUAUGGUACUCACUACUCAACACAAGCAUUCACGUUGAAUUGGCUGAUGAGAGUGGAACCCUUCACCACAAUGUUCCUCGACAUGCAAAACGGUCGAUUCGACCACCCUGACCGUGUGUUCCACAGUAUUGCUGAGACUUGGGAGCGAUGCCAAAAGGACUCGCAUGAUGUCAAGGAACUCAUUCCCGAACUUUUCUAUCUUCCGGAAAUGAUGCGGAAUAACAAUGGAUUUGAAUUGGGGACAAGAUCUGAUGGAGUUAAGAUUGGUGAUGUUGUUCUACCCAAAUGGGCAUCUACCCCAGAAGAAUUCGUUCUACUCCAUCGUCAGGCACUUGAAAGUGACUUGGUUAGCUGUCAACUAAACCAAUGGAUCGAUCUUAUCUUUGGCUACAAACAAAAAGGCCCUGAAGCGGUUCGAGCCACCAAUGUUUUCUACUACCUCACUUACGAAGGAGCCGUUUGCCUUAAAUCCAUUGAAAAUGCCGCACAGUUGGAAGCUAUCCAACAACAGAUCCAAUCGUUUGGUCAGACGCCAGUGCAAUUGUUAGCCGAGGCGCAUCCACCAAGACAUUCAGUGAUGACAAUGGCUCCAUUGAUGUUCCGACGAUGUGAGGAUGAUUUGUGCAUGUUAAUGAAAUUCAUCUCCAACAGCCCAGUGGUGUUCUUGGCUGCUAACACAUUCCAUCAACUACCGCAGCCAACGGUGGUAUCGGUCGCCCAAAAUCUAGUAUUCGCCUUGAAUCGCUGGGAUAAUUCGUACACUUACGGUACUACAACGAGAAGCGCUUUGAGCCUGGGAACUGAGAAAGCAGCCGAUUCAGAUAAUGCAUCGAACGAAUUGCCGUUGACCGUGGAUCCUCUACUCGCUUCUGGCAAUCCAUCAGUGCCGGUGGUUCGACGUCAUUUGGGAGAUUCUUUAGAUCAUCGACUAACAGUAAGAUGGAACAACUUCGUCUCCACGACGGAUAGCAGAUGUCUGAUAGUAUGUGGAUACCCAGACUAUAGCUUCCGAGUAAUCGACACAGACUCAGCAAAGGUACGACAAGUGAUCUACGGUCAUGGAGAUGUGGUCACAUGCAUCGCCAGAUCGGAAACUAGCCUUUUCGCUGACUGCUAUGUGGUAACUGGAAGUAAUGAUUGCACAGUUGCACUAUGGCACUGGAAUGGGCAGCAGGGCUUUGUUGCUGGCGAGUACAACACUCCCGGAGAGACGCCAUCACCUCGGGCAAUACUAACGGGACACGAAGCUGCCAUUUCCGCGCUCGCUGUCUCUGCUGAACAUGGCCUUGUUCUCAGUGGAUGUGAAGACGGUACCAUUCUUAUGCACACAACUGCUGGAGAGUUACUGCGACGUUGGAACGGUAAACAACGGGUGUCACAGUUGCUGAUGAGCAGAGAAUGCGUAGUGAUGGCAAUCUACGGGCACCAUCGUUUCAUCACGCUCUCCACUACAGCAAAUCAGCUGGAUGAAGCUGUCACUGACGAAAAGAUUGAAUGCGCUUGUCUGACUAGAGAUGGCGAGUACGUUAUAACGGGUUCUGAAAGUGGCCGCUGUGCGGUCUGGAGGCUUUUCCCUCUGCGAAAACUUUACUCCUUCCAGCAAGUAGACAGUGCGGUACGAUCAGUGGCUGUUUCGGCGAAUCAUCGAUUUGUUCUUGCUGGACUCGACUCCGGAUCAAUAGUUGUUUUCAAUGUUGAUUUUAAUCGAUGGCAUUACGAGUACAAAACUCGAUAUCAAGUCCAGAAAUAA